GACACGUGCAAUGAGGCGCCACUUUGAGGAGGCCUCCACUCUGCCCCACCUUGACUCACUCUCAUCCCCGCCAAAGCCCAAGAAGGUUUGCCCCAGAAAACCUACAGCUCAGGAGGAGAGUUACAGCACCUCACUGAGUGACGAGGCGGUCCCCUACCAGGAGUUGGGAGGCUCCUGCUUGGAGGAGGAAAGGUGGGAGAUGGAGGAAGAGGAAGCGCAACAGAAGGAGCAGGGGGAAGAGGGACAGGAGGAGGAGGAAGAGGAACAGAAGGAGAAGGGGGAAGAGGAGGACGUCACUGUGGGGCCAGCAUCUUCAAGACCCAGAGGGAGAUGUACCACAACCUGAUGGUGCGCCUGAGCCCACUAGAGUCUUCUUUUAAGGCCUCCAGAAGGGUGUUAAGAGCUGCCAGACGGGCAGCUCUUAAAUCACCAAGAACUGCAAAAAAGAAGUUUUAAAUAAAGACUGAGUUUGUUAUUUAUAUAUAUAUUUUUUGUUCAGAAUAACAGAUGUGAAAAGUUGGUUUUAUUGUUCAAAGUGUUAUUUAGUGUUUGAUUGUGUGCAAAAAAAGUAGUUUUAUA